AUGGAUGACUAUCUCGCUUUUGGAACCAUUCGUCUAGUCCGACAAUCAGAUCAUGGUGAACAUGCCGCCUGGCGUAUGGUCGGACCAAAGAACCCGAUACAUCCUCACCCAGAAUUAACGAAGGGUGAGGCACGGGGAUGGAUCAGGACUACAUUUCUUCCACAUGUCGACGAUCCUACCUACGCUUCAUUGAAAGUCCAUGUCUUGCCAGAAGAUGUAAAUCGAAGCAGCCGUGGGUCGAUACAGCACCUUAGGAAGCUGCUGAAGUUGCUUGCCGAUUUGAUUGACACGUCUGUCGAGGCUUGGAAUGGCAGCUUCGACCCGAAUUCGCCCAUGCAAACUUACAAGGAACCCGAUUUCUCGCAGGAAGAGUCUCUUUUCUACACCUUCAAUACCUUGUCUUCGCCACAGAUCACUCUCGGUGACGCCGGAACACGUGUGCACGAUCAACAGGCAAUGGGCGAUGUGUUCCAGGACAGCAUCAUCGGCCUCAAGACGCAGUUAUACCCGUACCAGAAACGGUCGGUUGCUGCGAUGCUACAGAAAGAGGUGCACCCUUCCAAGUCCCGUGAUCCACGCAAGCCCCAGUUUCGAGACCUGAACGGUACUGAAUUCUACUUCGAUGUACAUGAAGGUGUUCUUCUCCGUCACCCACAUCUGUACAGCGAGUGUCGGGGAGGGAUCCUGGCAGAGACUAUGGGCUACGGCAAGACAUUAAUUUGCAUCGCACUGGUCCUAGCCACAAGAGGUCACUAUCCUGCCAUCCCCGAAGGCAGGAUCAGUGCCAUGCCCGAAGAAUAUAACGAGCGGACACCAAGCCUACUCGCAUUGGCUGCGAAGAAGAUCAAACAAGCGGGGGUUCCCUGGAAGUCGCACUUUGCCGCGCUAGAAACGGAGGGAUACCAUUUCGACAGCUGCACGGCGGCCUUGGCCGAGUAUGAUGGUGAAUAUGCUGAACCCAUCUUCCACCCUACCACGCCGGACCGCAAGAAUAAGAAAAGGGAAGACUUCAGAAUGCUGCGCCAGUCAUUUGCCACGUUGCUUAUCGUCCCGCCCAAUCUGCUUGUGCAAUGGCAGCACGAGAUCAAGAAACACACUCAUCCCGGUGCACUUGACGUCCUUGUGCUCGACUCCACAACGAAGGACAUACCGCCCUGGAAGUCGUUGAUGAAGUACGACAUUGUGCUCAUCACGAAAGCUCGAUUUGAGCAGGAGUACCGAGACGAUCACCUCAACCAGGGUAGGCAGUUCAAAGGCUCAGAAAAGUUCCGCUCACAACUGACCGAAGUGCGAUGGCUACGCGUAAUCUGUGAUGAAGGCCAUGGCUUCGCAGGCUCAAGUUACAAGACGCACGCCGUGGCUAUGCUUGAUAAGAUGUCCAUCGAACGUCGGUGGGUCGUAUCAGGCACACCGUCGCACUCUCUCCAGGGAGUUGAGGUCAAUCUAGCACUGAACGAGACUAAUGACAACAACGAACCAUCACGCGACCACUCGAUCAGGACCGCCUUGGAACGACGGAGGGCCAAGGAGGCAGCAGAUGACGAGCUCAAAGAUAUGGAACGGCUGCGUGCCAUCGUCGUCAACUUUCUAAAGGUACAACCUUGGGCAAAUCAGAAAGGCGCCGACUAUGCCGACUGGAAAAAAUACCUGCAUCCGUUCGACGCGUCACAAAAUCGACGUUUUGCGCCUGCUCUCAAGGCCAUUCUCCAGUCGCUAAUCAUCCGACACCGAAUUGAGGACAUCGAUGUUGAUCUGUGUCUGCCUCCACUUCACAAUACCACCGUGUGCCUCGAGCCGAGCUACUAUGACAAACUCAGCAUGAAUCUUUUCAGAAUGGUCUUGACCUCCAACGCCGUCACCUCCGAAAGAGUAGACGACGACUACAUGUUCCAGCCCAAGAACCGCAAAUAUCUGGACGAACUCAUCAACAACCAGCGACGCUCAAGCUUCCACUGGGUGGGUUUCACUACGCACGAAGUCGCGGAAACGCUUAGGGUGAGCAAAAAAUACCUGGACGAGCAUCUUGACACCAUCUCCGAUGGCGACGGUGCGCUCCUGACAGAGGCGAUCAUGAAUGGCGAACGCGCCCUGAACGAUUCGGGCUGGAGAGCGUUCUCAUUCUACCACGAGAUAGGAGUCUACGUCAAAGAUUUCCCCGACGCUGCGGCGCAAGCUUGGGCGCUGAACGGCGAACCAUCCAAUCCACUCCUUCUUGGCACUAAGCAAGCCCGAGAAGCACAGCAGCAUGUCUUGAAGCAUCUUGAAAGCGGCGAUCCUAGCUUCGGUCUUGUGGGAGCAGGCAUUCGAGCGAUGUUUGCAGCACGCGAGCGAGCCACCGAGGAAAUGAAGGCUCGAGAGAAAGCACGGCCCAGUCCGAAUGGCAAGCCUCCAACAGCCGGAACCGCAGAAGAACCCAAGAUCAAAAAUCAAGCAGCAACAUUCUCAUCUCCUGUCCGUUCCUCCAAGGCCGAAACGCUCCUGGCUGCUGGUCACAAGCGCAUUUCGUCGACGAUGGAUGCUGCGGUUACAGCGUCUCUGGCCAAACCCAAAGUCAUCGGCUUCACAUCCGCAAAGUUGAACUACCUGUGCUCACGCGUGCUGUUGUUACAGCGAACCGAGAAGAUCAUCAUCUUCUACGACUCCAACAACAUUGCCUUCUGGAUUGCCGAAGCCCUCGAGCUGCUCUCCGUCAAGUUCCUCAUCUACGCCAACACGUUGGCCGUGGCCCGUCGAGCAGCGUACCUCGCAACGUUCAACCAAUCAGGCGUGUUCCGUGUGCUGCUCAUGGACUUGAAACAAGCAUCCCACGGCCUCCACGUCGCUGCGGCUACCCGCAUCUUUAUCGUGUCCCCCAUCUGGCAGCCGGACGUCGAAUCCCAGGCGAUCAAGCGCGCGCAUCGAAUCGGACAGACACGUCCCGUCUACGUGGAAACGCUAGUCCUGAAGGGUACACUUGAGGAAAAAAUCCUCAAACGGCGCCGCCAGAUGAGCAAGGCCGAGCUGGUCAAAGCCGAAAAGAGCCUCCUGGACGACGACACGAUGAAUGGCGUCAUCCGCGGCGAGGGGUUCCUGAAUAUUACGGACGACGAGAAAGAACGGAUGAAGGGCGGAACCCUAGACGAACCGGUCCCACUGUUUGAACGACGCGACGGACCAUUUUCUACAGAUGGAGCCGAAGACAGUGAUCUGAUUGUAGGCCUCGAGAUUGAACGUGCUCGGAACAAACGCAGAAAAACACCAGCAAAGAGGACACGAAAGGACUAUGACAGGGGACCGGAAAGGACCGUCGCGUUUGGCGCUACAGACACGCUGCCGCUGUCGCCGCCAGUUACGCCAGCUGCUCAGCCGAGGUCAUCGAUCUUUGGGGGUGGUAAUGGUAUUGGUUCCCCCGUCGCCACAGCCAGGCCGAAGAAGGCCGUGGGAUUUAUGAUUGAGACAAACACCCCCCCUGCUUCUGGAUCGGAUUCCAGUUCCGGUUCUGCUGCGAAUCAUGGCGCGAGUUCUGGUCCUGGUACCGGUCCGGGUCCUGGUCCCAGCCCCGGUUCCGGAGGAAUGGUUACCUGA